AUGAAGGUGGCCUGGCAGCGAUUGGUUCGUUUCGUCUCUACCGAUGGACGCAAUUUACGGGGUGAGCCCAUCCUCCCUGCCCCAGAUUUCGACCUUGGUGAUACGACGGAAAAGGAUGGCCUCAAAGCUCGAGUGAUUGAAGGUGACGACAUCUACGAUAUAACAGGAGCUACACGCGUCACCGACGAGGUUGUGACCGUCAAGACUCUUCUUGGACCCUUGGAAUUUACCGACGUACCCAUCAUAAGAUGCGUCGGGCUUAAUUAUGCAACCCAUAAAAUUGCUCAAUUAGUCCUCGAGGCUCAGCGCAAGAUUCCGCCAUUUCCAUCCAUCUUCUUCAAGCCAUCGACAACGAUAGCCGACCACGGUACCAACGUAGUUAUACCGAAACUCGCCCAAGACGACCAAGCAGACUACGAGGGUGAAUUGGUUGUGAUCAUUGGAAAGGAUGCCAAGAACGUCAAAGAGAGCGAAGCUCUCAACUACGUUGCAGCUUACACAGCAGGAAAUGAUAUUUCGUCUCGCAAAUGGCAGAGAGACCCAAAUCUUGCCGGUGGCGUCCCACAAUGGGGUUUCUCCAAAGGAUUUGAUACAUUCGCUCCACUGGGUCCAGCACUUGUGUCGAGCAAUUUAAUUCCCUCUCCAGAGAAGCUCAAUCUGAAGACAGUCAUCGACAAAGAACUCCGACAGGACGCAGGGCUUGAUGAUUUGGUAUUUUCCGUUCCCUAUCUGAUUGCACAUCUAUCCUCCGGUACUACCCUCCAGAAAGGAAGUGUGAUCAUGACGGGAACUCCAGGAGGAGUCGGUGCUGGAUUGAAGCCUCCUAAGUAUCUCAUUCCAGGAACAGAUAUGAAAGUCAAGAUUACUGAGAUUGGAACUUUGAAGAAUGGUGUAGAGUUUGAGUAG